AUGGACCAGCACCUCCGGUGCAACAGCCAACAUGGGGGCAGUUGUCGCACUGCGCUCACGACAGAAGCGAUCGUCACGACUUGCGCGCAUGUCCUCCUGAUGAUACACCUUGCCAUCAUUAUUCUGACCUCUUCCAGGCACAUCUUUUGCAUCCCCUGCGCCGAAAAGACUGGCUUAUCUACCGCACCUCGGAACCAGCGUCGCUGUCCGGUCUGCAAAACCGACCUACCAAAUGCCCAUGACGCCGUCCGCAAUCUGGUGAAUCCCCCCGAGGACUUCAAGACCAGCGUCCUCUGUGGCUUUGAUCCCGCAACUAUCGUGGAAUGUGCUCAGAGAGCGCUUUCGUUCUGGACAUACCAGAAUGCUCAGGAACAUGCAUAUCAGCAACACAUUGCCAGAAACCUGAUGCAGAGGUACCACCAGCUCAAUGCAGAAGUUGAAAGGAUUGUUAGUGAUGCCAAUACUCGAAUCCAAGCUCUAGAGACGCAAAAUCAGGACCUCACUGCUGAUCAACAAUCAAUGAACCAAAAAUAUGCCCAGCUUUUCGAUCAGUAUCAGGAAAAGAGCAAGAAGCAAGCACAGACCCAGAAGCUCUACGAUAUUCUGAAGCAGAAAGUCAUGUUGGAGAAAAUCCAACCUCUUGCUGAUGACGACGUGGCUCAGACGUUACAAUCCAUGGAUGCCUUACCCCAAACCAAGAAACAGCCCAUUAUGGCCUCAAGACGAGCGGUUUAUCCACCAGAGCCUCUCAACAUUCCACAAAGGUCAAUUCCUAACUACGGCCGACUGCAAGAAGGACCAGAACGACUCCAUCCUCAUCAGAGGUCCGGGAGCAGUGUUGGCGGCAGCGAGCAGAGAGGCAUGCUGCCACCGGAGAGACCGGGGAUAUCUAGAAUACGUACGUGGCCCAAGGUGACCGGCCUGUUUCUACUAACCCGUCACAGCAAAUCUUGUGACCACUUCAGGAACGCCUCUGCAACGAGUAACCUUACCGGCUCACUCUCGUCUGGGUGUCCACCAAGCCGGCGUUCCAGCGACAGGGUCGCGUUCUCAGCUUCCGGCUAG